AAAUUGCAUGAGAAUGUCUAAGGAAGCAUUUGACAUAUUGUUAGCCAAGAUUAGUCCUUUUAUCACAACAUGUGAUACAAUUAUGAGAGAUGCAAUUCCGGCAAAGAUAAAGCUAGAAAUCACAUUGACGUAUUUAGCAACCGGAAAUAGUUUUAGAACUUUACAAAGGCAGUUUCGAGUUUCCCGACCAGCCAUUUCAAAAUUUAUUCCCAAAGUAUGUGACGCAAUAUAUGUCGCACUGAAGGAAUACAUUAAGGUACCAGAAAACCACACACAAUGGCAAAUAAUUGAAAAUGGUUUUCGUCAACGAUGGAAUUUUCCACGAUGCUAUGGGGCAAUCGAUGGGAAACAUUUCAAUAUACGGGCACCAGCUAACUGUGGUAGCGACUAUUUUAAUUACAAGGGAACUAACAGCAUUAUUAUGAUGGCCGUUGUGGAUUACAAUUAUUGUUUCACCUACAUCAAUAUUGGAUGUAAUGGAAGACAAUCAGAUGGAGGGGUUUUUCUCAAUUCAUUAUUAUACGACGCUUUGGAAAAUGAUUUAUUGCCAGCCGAUGGGUUUAUAGUGGGAGACGAUGCUUUCCCUUUAAAAAAAUAUCUCAUGAAACCGUAUUCACGGAUAUCGCUUACCAAAGGUCAAAAAAUUUUUAACUAUCGUCUGUCUAGAGCGCGGCGUAUAGUUGAAAAUGCAUUUGGUAUCCUUGUGAGCAGAUUUCGAGUGUUUGAAAAACCCAUGUCAUGUUUACCAUCAACUGUAGACAAAAUCAUUAGAACUUGUUGUGCGCUCCAUAACUGGUUAAGAAUAACGUCUGCAAGCAAUUAUAUGCCCAGGGGAUCUAUAGACGAGGAGGAUAUCGACAAUGGUUGCAUUACACAAGGGUCGUGGAGAAAUGAUAUUACCAAUAUCCCUCGAUCCACCUCCGGAGGCACAAGCAAUCAUUCUUCUAGAUAUGCACGACAGAUAAGAGACAUGCUGUGUGAUUAUUUUGUGGGAGAAGGUGCUGUUCCGUGGCAAGAACGGAUGAUAUAUUGAAUAUUAAUAGAUAUGUAUUGACGAACAUAUGUUAACACUUAUAAAAUACUGUAAUUAUGUAUAGAAAUGUACUUACC